CGUCCGCCCCUCGCCCGCCACCCGCCGCCGCCCGCCCAUGCUCUCGGCCACGGCCACCGGGACGGCCCGCCACCUCCUCCGCCGCCUCCUCCCGGCCCCCAGGAUGGGCGACUCCGCCUCGAGGGUCGCGCUCGGCCCCCAGGAGGCCUUGCCGGGCCGGAAGCAGCCGACCGCGGUAGCAGCCAGACAUCAUGUCAAUGGCAACAGAACGGUUGAACCUUUCCCAGAGGGAACACAGAUGGCUGUAUUUGGAAUGGGCUGCUUCUGGGGAGCGGAAAGGAAGUUCUGGACCUUGAAAGGCGUGUAUUCAACCCAAGUGGGCUUUGCAGGAGGCUACACCCCCAAUCCUACUUACAAAGAAGUCUGCUCAGAAAAAACUGGCCAUGCAGAAGUCGUGCGGGUUGUGUACCAGCCAGAACACAUCAGCUUUGAGGAGCUGCUCAAGGUCUUCUGGGAGAAUCACGACCCGACCCAAGGCAUGCGCCAAGGCAACGACCGCGGCACCCAGUACCGCUCAGCGAUCUACGUGACCUCCGCCACGCAGAUGGAGGCGGCCCUGAGGUCCAAGGAGGACUACCAGAAGGUUCUCUCGGAGCACAGCUUUGGGCCCAUCACCACGGACAUCCGGGAGGGGCAGGCCUUCUACUACGCCGAGGACUACCAUCAGCAGUACCUGAGCAAGAACCCCGACGGCUACUGCGGCCUGGGCGGCACCGGCCUCUCCUGCCCACUGGGUAUCAAACAGUAACCUCGCUGCCUGGUGGGUCCCGGGGGUGUCAG